AUGUUGGCAUUCUGUAGCAGUGCCUACGAGGGGUAUCAAUUCAGAGCACAUCAAGGAGGGAUGUUGUGGAACAUCGAAGUCACAACUCUGCAACUGUUAAAUACCCAAACAUUGAUUUGCCAUAAUGUCACCAUGUUGGCAUUCCAUAUCAGUGCCCUGGGAAGCAUCAAUCCAGAGCACAUCAAGAAGGGCAGUUAUGGACCAAUGGUGUCACAACUCUGCAUAUUAGAUAUCAAGCUUAGCCAAACACUGAGUUGCCGUAUUGUCACCAUGUUGGCAUUCCAUAUCAGUGCCCUGGGAAGCAUCAAUCCAGAGCACAUCAAGAAGGGCAGUUAUGGACCAAUGGUGUCACAACUCUGCAUAUUAGAUACCAAGCUUAGCCAAACACUGAGUUGCCGUAUUGUCACCAUGUUGGCAUUCUGUGUCAGUUGCCAUGAGGAGUAUCAAUCCAGAGCACUGAAGUAA